CAGAUUUAUGGAAAGAAUCAUAUCUUUUGUGAUGUGGACCACAUGGAUAACGCGUUCUUUAUUUCAGGCUAAGGACGGGUGCGCUCUGAAUAAGGUGGCAAUUGUGCGGCUCAUUCACUAUGGAUCUUUCGAAUGGAACUUUAAGUAACGACCAGAUCACUGGUCUCUCGACUGUGUACCUAGUAUCUCUGUCUUUAAGCUUGAUUGGGAGUUUUUCAGUGCUGGUGGUUUCCAUCGCAAGGAGGAGGCACUUACAAGAACAGGUGAAUCCCCUGGUCCAGCUGGCUGUAGCUGAUCUGUUGGCAGCAGCCACCUUGAUGUUCACCAACGCAAUGAAUGAGACCGACAGCUUCACCGACAGUGUGUUAAUCUGUAAACACCUACUGCCUCUGUCACUGACAUUUUACUGUGUGUCGUUUCUGCUGGUGAUAGUAUAUGCCUGGGAGUCAAAGCAAGCUGUCGAGAGAUGGAGGGAGAGACCAGGAGAGGAAGAGUCCCAGUGUAGACGAAGGGUGGUGGUUUUGCCUGUAAAUACACUUGUGUGGUUUACGCCGUUGGUGAUGUACUUUGCGUACACAAUGUCUUUAGUCCUGACCACAGCGGACUUGGUACCAGCCGGACACGGGACAGCAAACAACAGUGAAGUUAGCACAUACUGCACCAGCUGUAUCCUCUUCUUGCAUGUCUGGAGUGACCAAUGCUCAGAUAUUGAACAGAUCCAUGACAUGUUCAUGCGAUGCUUCCUCUUCUUCAGUGUGAUACUAGUGUUGGUGUGCUGCACAGUGGUUUACUACAAGGUGGACAGCUUGUAUCGCAGGUACGAGGAGGGACUAUUUCCUGUGGAGGGAGAUGCACGUUCAAGGAAAAGACUGAGGGGUGUGUUCUCCACUGUUCGUUACAUGAUUGUGGUUAUCAUCUUCUGCUGGACGCCAGCUCUUCUUCUGGUUGUCCUGUCUGUGAUGCCAGACAUACCUAAAGAGAAGCUCUUCCCCCUCUAUGUUAUACAGGCGGUGACGGUGUCGCUGCAGGGCUGUCUGAACAGUGUAGUCUACGCCUGGAGACGACCAAACUUCAGAGACGCUGUGCUUGGAGAGAGGAUGCCCCUGCUCAGCCAAGACGCCCCCCUGUCCUUCUUCGAUGAAUCACUGAGGAGGCCGCCAGAGUGACAGAAGAGGAAGCGAGACAUUCCACUAGUUACUUUUUUCUGGUUCAUAUACAGUCAAUAAACUAAACAGACCAAACCCAGCUACUAAUGCAAUGGUGCUAUGGGAGAGCCACCCCCUUAAGCAGAAAGGAACUGACCAUUUUUGGUCAAUGGUAAACGGCCUGAGUGGGACAUCUCAUCUGUCCACCAUUUUUGGUGGUGCCCUUGAAGCCUGACCUUUAGCCCUUAACCCCGACUCGAGAGAUGCUGCUGGUGGAAUUCUCCCUCUGGCCCAGAUCUAGAAAGAGUUUUCCCUGCUCAAGUACUAACCUUCACCAUUGAGGAAAGCGAUUCAACACUGGCCUUAGAUCCGUUUCUAGGGAUAACUUUAUUCCUCUGGAGCCAAGACAAUGGAGUUUACGAUGUACUUAUUUUACUGUUAUUUAUUCUGAAAAGAAUCUUCAAUGCUUUCAUAUCAUAUGUUUAGUACUGCGUUCUUUCUGUAAGAAGGGUUGAUAAGGUGAUUAUUAUGAUGAGUUGUAGAGACAGGUGGGCCGGAGAAUAAUAGAAGUCAACAGGAUAUGACAAUGCUUCUCAUUUGAUUAAUUCAUUGAUUAGUACGGUUUACAAAGCACUUCCUUAAGGGUUGGGGGAUGGGCCCCUUUCCCAAUUUCCAAUAGAUAGCUAGAGUUACUACGGCAGGAAUUGUCUACAACAUAGCAAACAAUGUAACUAGCAAGCAUAUAAAAGUAGAAAAUACGAAUGUGAGUCAUUUUGCAUUUAUUUGUUGACCAGUACUUUAUUAUAUUUUGGCAAGUAUACCUUCUUUUGUGGUUAGUAAAAUCCCAGGAGAACUUUUCAUAACAUGUUCUUAUGAUGUUUUAUUUGUACAAUAAAUGCAUUCUUACCCAG